GAAUAUUUCGUCCGCCGGAAACCGAGAGGGAAAAGGGAUGGAAGAGAACGGUCCUCCUUGUAACCUUGAGGCCCCGUCGUCGUCGUCGUCGUCCAGACAGAAGCUGGAGGGGCUGCUGAACAAGAACAUGCGGAUCCGCAUGACGGACGGCCGGACCCUGGUGGGCCUCUUCCUCUGCACGGACCGCGACUGCAACGUCAUCCUGGGGUCCGCCCAGGAGUUCCUAAAGUCCUCAGACAUGUUCUCCCAGGGGGAGCCGCGGGUGCUGGGCCUGGCCAUGAUACCCGGCCACCACGUUGUCUCCAUCGAGGUGGAGGCCGACACGCUGGCCGACGCGGGGUGCUUCAGGGGCAGCCACUGAGGCCCUGCCUCCACCUGCCUCCAGGGGAGGGCUGGGGCGAUGGUCACGUCGAGAUGGUGGUCGCUGCCGUCGAGGGAGGUCGGAUUACCUGGUACGAGGAGCAGAGUCGAUGGUCUCUCCGCUCUUCUGGAGAUCCCCUACCCCCUCUGACGCCGUGUGGGCAAAACUUUGUUGCAGACCUUUGGACAAUUGUGUGUGUGUGUAAGUGUGUGUGUGAUGAGGAUGCUUGGAACGUGUGACUCAAAGUGAACGGGUUGAAAGCGAGAUCGAGUUGUACUUAUUUGUUUUUAAAUAAACUUGCUUACUGUAGACGAAGCAGAUUGGAUGUUGUUUCGUCAUUUGGGCAAACAAAUGAGAUAAACUUGAUACAAAGGGAUUUUUUUUUCUUCAUACUUUAAUAUUUGUACAUAUCCGUUUACCCAGCUUGGCAACGAACUCUGGUACAACAAAGUCCCCUAUAAACUGUAGGAAGCGGCCCUCUGCCAUUGGUUAAAAAUCAAAAGGUUUGUCACAUUCAGGCUUCCUACAAUAAAUCAGUGACGGAUUCAAAGAACUUACAGUACCUACAGUGUCUUGGAAUACGACAUCCCGAUUCGUCUUUUAAAUAUUGUUUUCAUUCAUGUCUCGACGACCAAUAAAUGUGAAAAUGAGAAAUACAAAUUGAUCAGGUUUUUCAAACCUUAAAAUGUUAAAUAAUGUAAACCGGUCAGACCUUCCUUCUACUUUAACAGUGGGGGUUGGGGCAACAGUUGGUCUGAGCUGCCAAAGAAAGUCAGCUAGACUUUGUAUAUCUUAGGUCGAGUAAACAAUAUAAAACGGGAGAACGUAGGUAUCGGAUCCACCUGUAGGCUGAGUGAGAGGCGGGUGAUGAGCAACAGUGUGACGACUGUCGACCGGGGGCCAUUUUGA